AACCCGCCCACCAUGCCAGAUUCCCCAGAUUCCGUCCCGGCCACGCCGGACGAACAGAUCGAGAGCAACCCCGCCUCGCCCGGCUCCGAAGCCGACGACUCCUCUGAAGCCAGCACUCCGCUAGAUCCUCCAGGCCCCCCCUUCGAUGCCCCCUCUCCCUCCUCGAAAGAUCUUCCCCGCCGGGUACCUUCGUUACGGACCGUCUCGGCUCCUCAGAACGCUAGUAUGAGUCCAAGCUCCAGCGUGACAGGCAUCCUGACGACGGCCCGGCGGCCCCCCGCGGCAAGCACCCUGCCCAUGGACCUGAUGGCCAAGGCACGAGCACUACAGGCCGAGCGGGCUGGUCUUCCUCGUCCUAGCCUCAACACACAGCAUAGUGGAUCGCCAAUGUCGGGUGGCUCUGGCUCGCCCAUGGCGGGAGGUUUCCCAGGGGGUCUACCCGGCGGCCUGAAGCUGCCGGGCGGUAUGGGUGGCCUGUCACGGCCGCCUCCUCAAAACCUUCCCCGGUCCGCGCCUGUCGUGCCUGGUUUGGCUGGGAGGAAGCCUGGCCUCAGUGAGCGGAGGAAGAUGAACCUUGGUGGUUUCCCGGGCAGUCCAUCGCCUGCCGCGACACCCAAGCUGUCCGACAUCAACGGAGGUGCUGGCAUGGGCGGUCCGAAUGCGAAUAACUCAGGGAUGGGCUCUAAGAUGGAUGAGUACAAGAAAUUCGUCGACACGCAAAAGGGCUGGAUCACUUUUGAAGGGGCAGCGACUAUCACCAAGACCGGAGUCAACUUUGCCAGUGGAGCAACCUUCAAGAUCUCAUUGGAUGAGAUUGACAUCAUGGAGGAGCUGGGCAAGGGCAAUUAUGGCACGGUGUACAAGGUCCGCCACGCUCGACCAAAGAUUCCCCGGUUUGGCCAAGGUCUCGGCGGCUUCAAGUUGUCCUCUCGACAGGACGAUUCGUCGGCAGAUGAGAGCUCACCGCUAUCCCCCCAGGGCGCCCGCCCAGACGGCACAACAGGCCGGGUCAUGGCAAUGAAGGAGAUCAGGUUAGAGCUGGACGAGGCCAAAUUUACGACGAUCCUCAAGGAGCUGGUCAUUCUCCAUGAGUGUUCUUCCCCGUACAUAAUCGACUUCUACGGUGCUUUCUUCCAGGAAGGUGCCGUGUAUAUGUGCAUCGAAUACAUGGACGGCGGCUCCAUCGAUAAGAUCUAUGCUGGCGGUAUUCCAGAACAUGUGCUACGCAAGAUCACCUACAGCACGAUCAUGGGGCUCAAGUCAUUGAAGGACGAGCACAAGAUCAUCCAUCGAGAUGUGAAACCUACGAAUAUUCUUGUCAACACCAGAGGCCAGGUCAAGAUAUGUGACUUUGGCGUGAGUGGCAACCUGGUGGCCAGUAUUGCGAAGACGACUAUCGGCUGUCAGAGCUACAUGGCCCCAGAGCGCAUCUCUGGCGGAGGCAUAGCAACUGGGGCGGACGGCACCUACAGCGUCCAGAGUGAUAUCUGGAGUUUGGGUCUGACGAUCAUUGAGUGUGCGAUGGGCAAAUACCCUUACCCACCAGAGAUCUGCUCGACUAUCUUUGGUCAGCUCAACGCCAUCGUCGAGGGCGAACCGCCAAUUUUACCCACUGAAGGCUACUCCGCACUAGCCCGCGACUUUGUGAAGUCAUGUCUGAACAAGAACCCCAAGAAGCGUCACACAUACCCCAUGCUUCUACAGCACCCUUGGAUUAAAUCCCUCGGCAACCCCGAGACCAUCACCGAAGAGGCCGAGGCCGAGUCGGAGGCAACUGAAAAUGAUCUGGCCGAUGCCGCCGCGAGGCAACUCAACAUCAGCAGCGAGGGUGCGGGCGACGAAGAGGUCGCGGCCUGGGUCAGUGAUGUACUGGAGCGCAAGCGACAGGGACUCCAGCCGGCGACGGCCGAGAAACCUGCACUGCAUGCCCCGCCUAUGGAUUCUGUCAGCCCCGCCGGCAGUCCGAUGGCUGCAGAGACAUAAGUUUAGGGGCCAUUGUUUCACAAGGCAGCAUGCACAUCAUGAUGUUGUCGAAAUAGAUGUUGGGGGGCAGCAAUUUUGUUUGAGGAAAUGCGGUCAUCCUCACCCUGAACUACCUUCUUAAACCACCACCGCGCGGACAAAGAUAGGAACUGGGUUUUUUAUUGUCACAAUACCAAAUAGCAACAAGCAGCACACAGUUUUUCACUCGUUUGUGGGUACAUGGUGUGCUGCAAGCGGAGCUUUUUGAGAGCAGCGCAAAGGGGGGCGUUACACAUACAUAUUGCGUGCGCAUGGAUAGCGUUUCGAAUCUAUUCGUUGGAUUGGC